AUGCGCGUCUCUAUCCAACUCUAUUUCGCCGUCGCCCUCGCCCUGCUGGCGCUGGCGACAGCAACCCCUGCCGAAGACUACGACCAGGCCCCAGCGGCGUCGACCCAGCGCUCGUGGAAGCGUCUGCUGGGCUUCUGUAUCCUCGGCAUGCCGCUCUUUGGCGACUGUAACAACUCGCCUGGAGGCUUCAGGCCGCCGCCACCAAACCCGUGGCAGGUGCCCAACCCGCCUCCAUUUGGUGGCGGACCGCAGCCCCUGCCGCCCGUCGGCGGCGGCGGGCCCGGCCCUGGGCCUAUCGGUGGCGGACCGAGCCCCACGCCGACUGCUGCUUCGACGAGCACGCCCGGCCCGACUGGUGGCGCCACGAACCCGCCCUCUGGCGGCGUGACGGACCCCACUAGCCCCUCGUCGACUGCCCCCACUGCUCCCACACCCGCGAACAACUCUACCGGCCCCACGAGCCCCACGGACGCGCCUGUCCCGACGCCUACUGACCCCGCUGUGCCGACCAAGCCGACGACGAUCGGCACGACCGCCAGCAUCUGGAGCUACCCCCAGGCCGAGCUGCCUUCUCGCACGGCGUCGACCAAGCCGGCAGGCUACACGCCCACUGGCGGCUCGUACAUUUGGCCGUGGAAGCAGACGCGCACGUACAACUUCAACAUCCAGUAUGCGCAGGCUGCGCCCGACGGCUUCCUGCGCCGCAUUCGCACCAUCAACGGCGAGUACCCCGGCCCGAUGAUCGAGGCCAACCAGGGCGACACGCUCGUCAUCAACGUCGUCAACCAGCUCGACAUCCCCCAGUCGAUCCACUGGCACGGCAUGCGCCAGAACUUCACCAACCACAUGGACGGCGUGCCCGGCGUGCACCAGUGCAGCAUCCCGCCUGGCGGCAGCUACACGUACCGCUUCAACCUGGACAACGAGUUUGGCACUUUCUGGUACCACGGGCACUAUGCCAACUCGAUGGCGGACGGCGUGUACGGGCCGCUGAUUAUCCACUCGCGGAAUGACCCGCUCAAGCAGUACCAGCACUUUGACUCGGAGCGGGUCAUGAUGCUCACCGACUGGCAGCACGACGACUCGAUGAUCAUCUCCAAGGGGCUGAUGGACAUGAGCGUCGGAUACCGCGGCUCGCCGGCGCCGCCCAACCCCGACUCGAUCCUCAUCAACGGUAUCGGCCAGACCGACUGCAAGAGCAUGCAGCAGGACGUGCAGUGCCGCGCCAAGCAGAGCGUGUACGCCGAAGUCAAGGGCAGCUACGGGUCGAAGCUGCGCCUGCGCAUCAUCAACACGGGCACGCACGCCAUGAUCCGCUUCUCGAUCGACAAGCACCGCCUGCAGGUCGUCGAGGUGGACGACACGCCCAUCCAGCCCGUGUGGGUGAACGAGCUCGCGCUCAACUCGGCACAGCGGUACAGCGUCGUCGUGCAGCUCAACCAGGGCUGGAUUGGCGACUCGUUCUGGAUGCGCGCGCGCCCAGCAGGCUACUGCCUCGGCGGCAUCAAGGGGCCUGAUAUCUCUGCGGUCGGUAUCCUGCGGUACACCGACUUCCUCGGCCUCACGUGGAACUCGAAGCCGAUCCCCAACACUCAGCCGUGGCACGACCUCGCGGACAUCCAGAAAUCUCCCUGCGUCGACCUCGACGAGACCAACGGCCCCUUGGUGCCCAUGAUCCCCCAGUCCGCGCCGUCGACGUACGACACGGUCUCGUUCCACUCGUCGUUCGGCCGCUUCAUCGACCCGGCGAGCGGCAAGCCCUUCUUCGGGUUCGGGUACAACGGUAUCAACUUUAACAACUACAUCAACGACCCGCUCCUCGCGCAGCUGGAGCGCGGGCUCGAUCUCAACAACAGCGCGCACGCGCACACGGCCCACUUUGUCUUCCCCACAGUCGGCGCAGUCGAUAUCAUCAUCAACCAGGAGGACACGGCGCCCUUCGCGCACCCGUUCCACCUGCACGGCCGGCCGUUCAUGCUCGUCGGGCGCGGCAAGGGCAUAAUGACGCCCGAGCUGUUGCACACAGUGCAGCUCAAUACGCAGAACCCGCUGCGCCGGGACACGGUCACGAUCGACCACGAGUCGUGGGCCGUGCUGCGGCUCAUCACCGACACACCAGGCGUGUGGCCCAUCCACUGCCACAUUGGGUGGCACCUCGCCGUCGGCAAGAUGGGCGUCGUCGUCGUGCAGCCCGACACGAUCAAGAACAGGUUCUCGCGCCCAGCAGACUGGACAAAUCUGUGCGCCGGCACCGACCCAGACGAGCUCGGCCCCGCCCGCCGCGCUGGUCUCCUGCCGCCCCAGGCCCGCGCGCGCCACUAUGCCGACGAGAUGGCCGCGAGGCCCAUCGAGGCAUAG